AUGCCCUCCCUCGCUCGUUCGAAGAGGGGCAGCGCCUUCGCCAUACUGUCAUGGGCCCUUUCUCUGGCGCUGAGCCCGGUGCUAUCCAUGGCCAGCUCAGCUGCCGAUUACUAUGUGCACGACCUGCCUGGAGUUCCGGAUGGACCUCUCUUGAAGAUGCAUGCUGGACACAUAGAAGUCGACCCUGCGAGCAACGGCAACCUCUUCUUCUGGCACUUCCAGAACCAGCACAUCGCAAACCGACAGCGAACUGUGAUUUGGCUCAAUGGUGGACCAGGAUGCAGCUCGAUGGAUGGCGCGCUGAUGGAGGUUGGCCCCUAUCGAGUCAAGGACGAAGAGACUUUGGAAUACAACAAGGGCUCUUGGGAUGAAUUCGCCAAUUUACUCUUUGUCGAUCAGCCUGUCGGCACUGGCUUCAGUUAUGCCAAUACCGAUAGCUAUCUGCACGAGUUGGAUGAGAUGUCGGCCCACUUUAUGAUCUUCUUGGACAAAUUUUUCGACAUGUUCCCCGAGUAUGAAAGAGAUGAUAUCUACAUCGCAGGUGAGUCGUACGCUGGCCAGCAUAUUCCAUACAUCGCGAAGGCCAUCCAGGAACGCAACAAGGCAGCCGUCGCGAAUGGAAAGAGUAAAUGGCCGCUGAAGGGCCUAUUAAUCGGCAAUGGUUGGAUUUCACCUGCCGAUCAAUAUGCCUCUAAUUUCGAAUUCGCGCAAAAGGAAGGUCUAAUCAAAGAAGACACCCAAACAUUCCGCAAUCUUGAGGCCUUGAACUCCGUAUGCUUGUCGAAGCUGGAAACUCCAGGCUCCAAGAACAAAAUCAACGUCCAGGAAUGUGAGAAUGUCUUCCAGCAAGCUCUGACACUCACCACGAAGGACGGUAUGUGCUACAACAUGUAUGACGUUCGGCUGAAAGACACCAGCCCGGCGUGUGGCAUGAACUGGCCCCCGGACCUGGAGUAUAUCAGACCUUAUCUCCGUCGGGAUGAUGUAGUGAAGGCUUUGAACAUCAACCCGGCGAAAAUGUCUGGCUGGGAGGAAUGCUCCGGUCUCGUGAGCGGCGCUUUCAGGGCGAAGAAUUCCCAGCCAUCUGUCCAGCUACUUCCUGACCUCAUUGAAUCCGGUAUCAAUGUUCUCCUGUUCAGCGGUGCAAAGGACUGGAUUUGCAACCACAUUGGAACGGAAAAUUUGAUCCACAACAUGAAGUGGCAUGGUGGCACUGGCUUCGAGACUUCGCCAGGUGUCUGGGCUCCCCGUCACGACUGGACCUUCGAGGGCGAGCCGGCUGGUAUCUAUCAAUACGCUCGCAAUCUGACCUACGUCCUUUUCUAUAACUCCAGCCACAUGGUUCCCUUCGAUCAACCCCGCCAGACUCGUGAUAUGCUUGACAGAUUCAUGAACGUUGACAUCGCCAGCAUCGGAGGUCGUCCCGCCGAUUCUCGCAUCGAUGGCGAGAAGCUGCCUCAGACAUCGGUCGGCGGCUACCCCAACAGCACCGCCGGAGAGCAGGAGCAGCAACAGAAGAUGAAGGAGACCGAGAUGAACGCCUACACCAAGUCUGGUGAGGCCAUUCUCGUUGUGGUUAUCAUUGGGGUUCUUAUCUGGGGCUUCUUCAUCUGGCGUAGUCGCCGUGCCCAUAGAGGUUACCGCGGUGUUGGUGGCAACGAGAUGAACGACAUGAGCGGUUCAAGUCUCGAUCGGCUCCACAACAAGCGUACGGCCAACGACAUUGAAGCUGGCGACUUUGAUGAAGCCGAGUUGGAUGAUCUCCAUUCCCCGGGUAUGGAUCGGGAAAAUUACGCAGUCGGUGAUGUCAGUGAUGAUGAUGAAGGCUUGCCCCAGCCGAAUGAGGGACACCGAUCAUGA